AUGAUAAACCUCAACUUCUACAAAACUCGCUCUAGGGUUCAUGUACCAGUAUCAAUCUAUCAUGUUCCUGCUCGAAGACAUCUUGAUUUUGAAAAUAUUUUUCCCUUUGCGGGCGAAAUAUUGCAUCCGUGCUCUAGCUGUGUACACCAAAACUUAAAUUCUGCCGAUCAUUGUCCACCUUUAUCUUCGAGUAGGCAACAGCAUCGCGGUGUCAUCAAAAAAUAUAAAGUACAGGGUGAAAUAAAAAAUGUAUCCACUUCCACCGUUGUAGUUGUUGAGAAGCCCAAAGAUUUUGCUUCUGCGACUACACCAGGGUUUCAUCUGUCAAUUUUGCCUUGUAGAAGUCGUUUCCACGCUAAAACCAAACUGUUGUUCUUUAUCACUCUUAUUACUUUCGGAUUAGCUACGCGACAAUUUCACGAGAAACAAAACAGAAUAGCGAAGGGGAAAACCCAACUUUUUGCUACCCGCCUCCUGUGUCUGGUUUUGGCCUGCCUGCUAGCGAAACAGACGUCGCGGUCUUGCAAGUCAUGCAUGCCCACGACUGCGAUGUUAGCUAGAGUGUGUGGCUGUCUGAAAUCGGGCACGUUUGGGACCGUACUCGGCUUUUUUUCUGAAUCUUAAUCUUUCCCAUUCAGAUUUCUUUGAAAAUAUAAAUAAACACCGUCACUCCUUUACACGAUUGACUCACAACUUCAUUCUUGUAGCGCGAGCGAUAGAUAGUGUUAGUGACUCAGACUUCAACUGUUAUCGGAUGAGUUGCACCAUUUAGAGAAACCUGUGUGGCGGAUCCGUUUCCUCAUCCUCGUCGUGCUCGCGAUGUUUUCCUUGAGCGUCGUCAGGACACAUUGCAGAUACGUACGGACGAGUUGAAGUUGUCGCAAGAAAAGAUGAAACGAAAAGGCCCACAAGCGACAGGGAGAAUCUAUCACCAGCGCUAUCAAUCACAAUCUUCAUGAAGCGGACAAGAACACCAACACUUUUUCAAACUCAAUCCACUACCUUGCGUCACAAAGUUUGGCAUAAAAAUCUUACUGGCAAAAAAUGAAUACUCGCGGUCAGCGUAAAAGCCGGCCACGCAGUGAUGUACGAUUAUAGCUGUUCAGGUCAUGCGCUUUAGCUCGGAAAAAGCAUGCCUGCGACAAGUUCUCGGGUGAAGAUGAAGAAAGAUCAAAACACGAUCAGGCUCUUGCUUUUCAAAAC